AUGGUUCUUCCAAGCAUCAAAACCAACUUAGUGGAUGUCAGUCAACAAAUCAAAGGAUCCUGUCGGUUUCUAUUCAAGAAUGAGUUGGAACAGCCAUCUGGAAGUUUCAAGCUUAGAGGUAUGAGUCAACUUAUAGCUACCUCUAUUGAGAAAGCCAAGGCCGACGGUCAAGUACCUCAUAUCUUUUCAUCUUCAGGUGGAAACGCUGGGUUAGCAUCUGCUUACGCUAGUAGGUACCAUAACGUACCAUGUACUGUGGUUUUACCUGUAACUUCUCAGCAGGUGUCCAUAGAUAAGUUAGAAAGCUAUGGAGCCAAGGUUGUGGUUCAUGGAGCACACUGGGGCGAAGCAGAUGCAUACCUUAGAGAAACGGUCAUCAAAGAAGCUCCAUCAGAUAUAUAUCCAGUUUACUGUCACCCAUUUGACAACCCAGUGCUUUGGGAUGGCCAUGGACAGUUGGUGGACGAGAUCUCUGAGCAGCUCACUGAGCAGAAGAUCGAUCCAGAGAAGGUGAAAGGCAUAGUGUUGAGUGUUGGAGGCGGUGGGCUAUACAAUGGAGUCUGCGAGGGACUCAGAAGGAAUCCUAGUCUUAGCAAAGUACCCAUAUUGGCCAUGGAAACGUACCAAACACCAGCAUUUGGCGAGGCACUCAAAGCAGGUAAGGUUGUAACCCUUGCAAAGUUAGAGACAAUUGUACACUGUCUUGCAGCUCCAGCCAUAUCGAAAACAGCUUUAGACAAUCACAAAGCACAAAAGACCUUUGCCAGACAGAUAGACGAUUUAGAGGCAGUUGGAGGUGCCAUCGACUACUAUGACAAGAUAGGUGGAUUGGUAGAGCCUGCUUGUGGAGCGGCUAUAGCCACAGCAACCAGAAGACAAGAUUUGUUGAGUGUAUUUGGAGACUUGACAGAAGACGAUGUUGUUAUCUUUUAUGAGCAGCUCGUGGCUCCCAAGUGGAACAGCUCAGCGGCCAGUCUCCCGGCCGAAGCCGAGGAACACCAAAAUAGCAACACCACAUUGGAUCCCAUGAAUUCCUCUGAGCCUCUGCUUGCUAAACCCAGCCCUGCUAGUGAAGUGCACACUUCAGCUUCUACUGGUGACCUUGAGGGUAAGGGUAAAAUUAAGAGCACCAGUCCGAGGAAAAGGUCUGCUCUUUCCAAGCCUUUGACCCUGAAAGCUUCCACAACCUCUUUGGUGUCUAUGAGUAAGGGCAACUGGCUCAGCUGGGGACCCAAGGGAAGAUUGGACUCCGAUGAUGAUAAUAAAGACGAAAAGAAGGAUGAGAAUGACGAGAACGAUGAUAAUGAGGGAGAUCUGGGUGACAGUAAUGAAGAUAAUGAUAGCAAUAAUGACGAGAUAGACGAUCAUGUUUCAAACUCCAAUGCAAACCGCAAGAAACUGUGGAGUUUCUGGAACGGGGGGUCAACUGCUUCCAAUGGAUCUAACGGAUCGGAUUCUAACGAUUCAAAGGGACGCAAAGAACCCGAGAAACCACUGUCUGCUACGAAUGCUAUUGUCAGUUCCACGCCUUCUAUCCCAUCUAAGGAUGAUCUUUUUGGAGGAACCAACGAAAGUACUAAAGAGCAAGCAGCCGAGUCCCAAGAUGGGGGAGACGCCACUGUAACGUCUCAACCAGAUCAAUCUAAGCCAGAAGAUGACGCUGUUUUGUAUAAACCUCACGACUCAGCAAAACAGUUCCAGAAGAUCAACACACAUAAGAACGAGAAUCUUAAGGAAAACAUCAUUGUUCCAGAUUGGCGUUCUUGCUUGCAUCACCAGAGUUCUCAUAGACCUCGUUCGACGCCAGAUAAUUUAUCCAGUGUACCACAAUCGUUUGAUAUCAAGAAUUGGAAGGGCUUCUUAUCUCAUUUAUCAUCUCGCUUUGGGUUCGGAAACCAAGCACAAGGUGACGAACAGGAAGAGACUGCCGAAGGUGAAACUCCACAGUCAACGAAAGAGAGAGAAUUUGUCUCCAUCAGCGAGAGGAGUUAUAAACUUUACGGAAGAUCGCUUUCGAAGCUUUCUCACCAUAAAUCUGCUUCCUUACCAUCUUAUAGCCAGCAAUACGAUGCUGGACAAGAGCAAUCAUCUAAGAGACACAAAAGACUGUCCGAAGAGGAUGAUGAGAAUGAACCUAUUUCAAUCACCAACGAUGCACUGGGAAAUCUUUUGAUCAACAAUCGGUCUCCGCAACCAUCCAAAUCGUCCAGUCAACAGGAUUUCAAUUCGAAGGCCGGACCUUCAAGAAAGAUCAAAAAGAUCCUUAUUAUUGGUGUCCAUGGCUUUUUCCCCACUAGAAUGAUCAGACCACUUAUUGGUUCACCAACAGGGACAUCUUUGAAGUUUGCAAAUGAAGCAGAGAAGGCAGUCAUUCGUUUCUGCGUUGAAAAUGACUUGAUUGACAGCGUGAGUAUUCAGAAAAUUGCACUUGAAAAGGAAGGAAAGAUCUUCGACAGAGUCGAAUUCUUUUUUGAGAUUUUGAAGAAAUGGGAAAGAGAACUUAACGAAGCCGAUUUUAUUUAUAUUGCAUCGCAUUCACAGGGUUGUGUCGUUUCUAUCAUUCUCUUUGCCAAGCUCAUAAAGCUGGGAGUUCUCAAGAAUCCUAAUUACAAGAGAAUUGGUCUUUUGGGUAUGGCUGGAAUCAAUAAUGGACCAUUUUAUGGUAGUGACAAGACCUUUUUCAUGAAGGCAUACUCGGCAAUCGAACACAACUCUUUGAAUGAACUUUUCGAGUUGACAAAAUUUGACAGCAAGCAGUCGGUAACUUACAAAGAAUCGAUGCAAACCAUAAUUGAUGCCAACGUCAAGAUUUGUUUCAUUGGAUCGAUCAACGAUCAGUUGGUUCCGUUGUACUCGGCACUUGCAUCUCACAUUUUCCAUCCCAACAUUUACAGAGCAUGCUACAUUGACCAUUCUUCCAAAACUCCUGCCUUUAUCCAGAAGCUCGUUUCGCUCUGCUGCCAAUUACAGAACCUUGGAUACUUCGACAAUAAUGUUAUCAAAGAGGUUAGUACUGUAUUGGCAGGCCCUCUUACUGGAGGUGGACACUCAAAGAUCUACAAUGACGGUAAAGUUUAUGACUUGGCAAUAAAGUUUGCUUUGUGCACUGACGAUUUGGUGGUGCCUUCAAACACGCCCAUCCUGACACUGCCGGAAAAUUCCAAUACGGGAGCCCUCAUCAAAGCACCCAUCAGUAACCAGAUCUACGUGAAAGAGUACAAUAUCAGCAAGAUAGAGAAGAAUUGGCCUGUGUCUGAUGGCGCCAUUACGGUUGGGCAUGCGCUGGAGCUAAGAAAAAGUGGAGUCGAGGAAAUAGACGAGCUUUACGAUCUGUUCGACCGCUGGAAGCCUGACAGCAAGGUUUUGAAAGACCUCAAGUUCAGACUUAACGGUAUACGCGCUAGUAAGCUCUAG